GCGAGUUGUUCACCCAAAGGCACGGCAAGCGCAGCUUCUUCGCUUCAAGCCCGGUGAGCUCGCCUCCAACAAGGCCGGAGCGGCCAAGCUUUACAACAGCCUAGCAUUGCCGAAGGAAGUUAACAGGGAGGAUCAAUUCGGCACUGGAAUAUUUGUGGUGCGCGAAGGAAGCUUCAAGCUCAUGAAUACCUCCGGCAGAGAAAGCUUUCUUGGUCCCGGGUGCGUCUUUGGAGAGUUGGAACUAGUGCAGGGCUGUGCUGGUGAAGUUGUGGCAGGAGAUUUGGGCGGGACAUGCUUCACGAUUUCCAGCAUGGUAUUGCUGUCGACUAUAAAUGCUCUGGCAAGGACGAUCGGGAGCAGAAAUCUGCGCUUUCUGUCGGCAGUGCCUUUGUUUCGGUUUCUGGACUCGCCUGACUUAGCAAUGCUGGGACGAUAUGCCUUCUCCAUCACUCACGCAAAGGAUGCCUGCAUCUAUGAAGCAGGGCAGAUGCCCAAGGAGUUCUUGUAUGUUGUCAAGUCUGGCUGCCUGGUGUCGCAGUCUAACGGACGCGAAAGGUACAUUUAUCCGGGUGAGUGCCUGGAUCAGGUGUCGGCCUGGUGCAGCCGCCCCCAUGCAGAAACAGUCCGUGUUUCCAACGAGUAUGAUGCUGCAGGAAUGCUGGCCUUGUCGUUUCAGCUUCUACAGGAAGUACUGGGCGACCAUAUGCCGGACUUCCUCUGGCGCUGCACCUUGCUCCGCAUGCUUCGGGAUAUGUGGUCUGAUCGGCUGAGCUUCGGCGCCCCGGUCAUGUGGAGAGAUGAUCCGGAAGCCUUUGCAAGAGCAUGUAUCAUCCGGUCAUUUCCGGCCAAAAGCUCGCAGCUCUUCUCUGCCGAUGAGACCGCUUCAAUCUUGUGGUAUGUGGUGUUGGAUGGCUCCCUGCGAACGACCGGUGAAGAUGCCAGAGCUGGCCGCUCCUUCUGCUGGAGUGAGGGUCACAAAGAGACGCAGAUCGGAACAACCCGGGAUGGAUGUACCCUGGCUAUGCUCCUGCAAGAUGCCAUCGGCAGUGCAACCCCGUAUGGGGACAAGCUGGAGGUGGUGAAAAACGCUUUGAUCUUCCGAAACCUGGACCGCACACAACAAGCACAGUUGGCGGAGGCUGGCCAUCUUCUCUUGAGGCGCCGUGGACAAUUCCUCUUCAAAGAAGGUGAUCUGGCUUCACACUUCUUCAUCAUCAAGGAGGGUGAGGUUGUCGUGUCAAAAGGAGGCGAGAUCAUUCGGACCCUGGGCUCCUUCAGCACAUUCGGAGAAGCGGAGCUGCUAAGCGGGAAGACCCGCUACUUCAGUGUCAAGUGCAAGUCUGACACCGUGACAGUGCUUGGCAUGGACACAAUGAUCUUUGAGCAGCUUGUCAAGGAUCAAGUGUCUGAGCAGUUGCACAACCAGCUGCGCCUGCGGCGCACGGACAUUGGUCUGAACGACCUUCGGAAGCUGCGGGUGAUCGGGCAUGGGACUUUCGGCACGGUGCAGCUUAUGGAGCAUCAGCCAUCAGGCAUGAGGUACGCACUGAAACGGAUCCGUCGUUCCCAGGCCAUUGCAAGAGGGCAGCAGCUGAGUCUCUGCAACGAGCGAGAGCUCUUGACGGACUUGGCUGCAACCUUAGGCACAGGGGGGAAUGCGCGUGGGUACAGCGGAAGGACUGAAGCCAUGGAUACUAGCGAAGGCCGUGAUGCAGCUCAUGGGUCAGACACUGGCACGGCCACUUCAGCACUGCAAAGAAUCCGAGAAUCACUUGCGGAGCUUCAGUGGCCUCCGGUCUUAAAGCGGACGUGGUCGGCUGCUGGUCCACCCGAAAAGUCGGAGUCUUCGGUUCGUGUUCUAUCACUGAACUUGUUAGCAGACAGUAAGCAAAAAGAGGAGGAGUGGUCUGCAACUCCAGAGGAUGUGCUGCAGUGGCCCAAACGGCGAUUGCGCUUGUUGGAAAUCCUUUUGCAAGAGGAAGCUGACAUCAUCUGCCUACAAGAGCUGGACAUGGAGGUUGCUGGGGUUCCUGGAGGCUUGGAUUCCGAGCUCCGCCUUGCUGGUUAUCAAGGGAUCCUCACGAAGCCAAAGUCUCCAGCGACUGACGGCUGCGCCGUCUUCGUCAAGGAAGACCGCUUCACAGUGCUUGAGGAAGCCGAUGUCGGAUAUGCUGCAGCUGCUCUUCUGAAAGAUCGUAGGUCCGAGUUGCAGCUACUGGCUGUCAGUGCGCAUCUCAAGUCAGGCAAGACAGAAGUGGCAGAGAAGCAGAGACGCGACCAGAUGGUAUCGUUAUUGGACCUGUUGUCACGACUGUCAGUUCCAGCCUGUGGAGUCAUACUAGCCUGCGACAUGAACGCUGUGUCCAUUCCAGAUGGCAAGAUCGGCGACCCUCUCGCCUACACGGCGGCACUGAGCCAUGAGCUCCGGCUCCAAAGCUCAUAUGCAGAGUCUUCUAAGGAGCCUGAGUUCACGACCUGGAAGCUGAGACCCAAAGGCGAGGUGAAGCGGACCAUUGAUUACAUUCUUCACUCUCCCUCCCUCUGCGUGGCGGCCCUCCUGAAGCUCCCCUCGGACGCGGAAAUGCCCAAGGCCCGACUUCCGAGCCACUCCUACCCAUCGGAUCACCUGGCUCUAGGCGUGGACUUCGUCCUAGCAGCCGAGGCAAAAACGCGCGCGAAAAGGGAGUUUUUUCUGAACGGCCUCAAGCAGCACAUGCCAGGUGGAGAGCUUUUCUUCGCAAUCCGCUCGUUGGGCAUCCUGGCCGGAUGGCAAGCCAGGUUCUAUACCGGUGGCCUGAUCCUCGCCCUGCAGGCUCUCCACGAGAAGAGAAUCGUGUACCGCGACCUCAAGCCCGAGAAUGUUUUGCUCGACUCUGACGGGUACCCGAAGCUGAUCGACUUCGGCUGUGCCGUCAGACUUGGAGUCCUUUCCAAACAUGGCUGGGUCAAGGGUCUUGACUUGGUGGAGGGUAUGGCCUCGAAAAGGGUAGAGCAGGAUUUCCAGCUCCUCCUCAGCGUUGCAGCAAAAGCCGCAAGAUGGCAAGAAGCUUUCGACUGUGCUCGGAGAAUUCGCAGCCACCAAGGAGCCACUGAAGCGGCGAACUCUUGGGGAAAGGGCGGCAGUUGGCAAAGAGCCGUGCAGGUCAUCCAGACCUUGCAGUGGAUGGGCUUUCGGGUCGCUGUCGAGACAUUGAAUGCUGCUUCCUCCAGUUGUGAGAGACACAGCCCAUUCCGCAGAGGCUGGCUGUGGUCAAUGCAGUGCUGGAUGGAAGUCGCUGCCAAAGGUCUGAGAACGUCCGUCGUGUCUUUGAACUCUGCCCUGGUCUGCUUGGGCAGCUCUCUGCGAUGGCACAAAGGCUGCCACCUGCUGCACACAGGACUUCGCAGGGGCCUAGAGCCUGAUGACAUCAGCUUGAACACGCUUGUGACGGCAUGCGAGAAGACAGUCAACUGGGAGUUAGCGACUCGGACGUUGCUGCUUCAACGACUCUUCGCCAUCGAGUCCGACAUCAUCGGGCGAAACGCUGCCGUGAGUGCAUGUGCGAAUGCGGGGCAGUGGUGCUUGGCAUCAUUCUUGAUGUCGUCUUCAAAGCAAUCAGGGCUGCGCAUUAGUCCGGUCUCUGUUGCGGCCAUGGCCACUGCUGGUGAGAGGUCGAACCAGUGGAGGGUUCCUCUGGGAUUGAUCGACUCGUACCGGUCGCUGACAGGUGUGGUUUGCUAUGGCGCGGCUCUGGAUGCUUUGGAGAGUUGGGGCAAAUGGGCUGAGGGGCUAAGCCUGUUGCACGAAAUUCCCCAGCGCCCCUCAUCGCAUCAGCAGAAAAGGCCUUGGCUUGACCCGAUGGCUUUAUCUGCCACGGCCUCUGUCGGACAUUUGAGCUUGGAGUCUCUCUUCGGUCGGAUGCAAGAAAUGCUGAUUGUUGUUGGCUAUUGUCAGGUCUCGAGCCAUGCCGCUGCUGGCCAGCAUGCGGCGCACCCUCAUCGGUACGCCGCACUACAUGGCCAAAGCCUUGCAGCUCCGGAGGUCAUUCUCGGGGAGGAGUAUGGGGACUCGUGUGAUGUAUGGUCCUUGGGUGUGUGCCUCUACGAGUUCGUCUGCGGCCCGCUGCCCUUUGCCAAUUCUGCGGAAAACCCAAAGCAGGUUUUCCAACACAUCCUCUCCACUCCGCUGUCGUUCCCUGGCAAUGUUACCAGCAGCGUUUGCAAGCAUCUCCUGAGGAGCCUUCUGCGGCGAAGCCCAGAGGGGCGGCUGGGUUGUGGCCAGAAUGGUCUGUGGGAUGUGCGUGAGCAUGUGUACUUCCAGAAUUUCCGCUUCGACAGGAUGCUGCACAAGCGACUGGAGCCGCCUCUUGCGCCCAGUCCUCCGUGCACGCCUAGUGGUGAUGAGGAAAGUCUGACCGAAGAUUCAGGCCCCUCCGUCCAAUCGUCCGAGUCUGACGACUGGGCCACCUCAUUUUGA